CAUCCUUCCAAGACAACGAGCUCGUUAUACCCCGACGUCAUCUUCUAGCGUCACAUCUUUGUCAGUGAACAAAAUGGCAACCUACUGCUUAACCGUCGCCCGGCUUCAGCUGGUUUUAGGUCAGGGUGCCCGACGCUUUCAUGUGGCAGCGGCCCUCAAUGCAAAGGCCAAGGUGGCCAUGAGCCGCUUUGAGCCAAACUCUUCCAUCAACUAUGACAAGCUUCGCUCAAAUAUUGACAUUGUGCGCAAAAGACUCAACCGGCCGCUCACUCUGUCAGAAAAGAUCGUCUACGGCCAUCUGGAUGACCCGGCUGGACAGGAAAUUGUUCGAGGACGUACAUACUUGCGUCUGCGACCCGAUCGUGUUGCUAUGCAAGAUGCAACAGCACAAAUGGCCAUGCUGCAGUUCAUCAGCAGUGGACUUCCGAAAGUGGCCGUGCCAUCCACCAUCCACUGUGACCAUCUUAUCGAGGCCCAGACCGGAGGAGCCCAAGAUCUACAGAGGGCAAAGGAAAUUAAUCAAGAGGUGUACAACUUUCUCGCUAGUGCUGGGGCUAAAUAUGGUGUUGGCUUUUGGAAACCUGGCUCUGGGAUCAUCCAUCAGAUUAUCUUGGAGAACUACGCAUACCCUGGAGUGAUGUUGAUUGGUACGGACUCUCACACACCUAAUGGUGGUGGUCUGGGCUGCAUCUGCAUUGGAGUUGGUGGAGCUGAUGCUGUUGAUGUCAUGGCAGGAAUCCCCUGGGAGCUGAAGUGUCCAAACGUCAUCGGUGUGAAAUUGACGGGCACAUUGUCUGGCUGGACCUCACCAAAGGAUGUCAUCCUUAAAGUGGCUGGUAUUUUGACAGUGAAGGGUGGCACUGGUGCCAUUGUGGAGUACCACGGCCCUGGUGUGGACUCUAUCUCCUGCACAGGAAUGGCCACCAUCUGUAAUAUGGGUGCUGAAAUCGGAGCUACAACUUCUGUAUUCCCUUACAACCAUCGAAUGAGGACCUACUUGGAGAAGACGGGUCGUGGAGAAAUUGCUGCUGUAGCAAAUGAGAACCAAGAUCUGCUGGUACCUGACUCGGGUUGUCAUUAUGACCAGAUCGUUGAGAUUAAUCUAAGUGAGCUGAAGCCUCACAUCAAUGGCCCAUUUACUCCUGACCUGGCCCACCCUGUUUCAGACAUCGGCUCUGUUGCUGAGAAGAAUGGCUGGCCCCUGGACGUUAAAGUCGGUCUGAUUGGAAGCUGUACCAACUCCAGUUAUGAGGACAUGGGCAGAGCUGCUUCCUUAGCCAAACAAGCACUUGACAAAGGACUCAAAUGCAAAGCCCAGUUCACAGUCACCCCUGGGUCUGAGCAGAUUCGUGCCACAAUUGAGCGAGAUGGCUAUGCUAAAAUGUUGAGGGAUGUUGGUGGAGUUGUCCUGGCUAAUGCCUGUGGACCCUGCAUCGGUCAGUGGGACAGGCGUGAUGUUAAGAAGGGAGAAAAGAACACCAUUGUUACAUCAUUCAACAGAAACUUUACAGCCAGAAACGACGCUAACCCUGCCACUCAUGCUUUUGUCACUUCCCCAGAGAUAGUUACAGCCCUUUCCAUCGCAGGAACACUGAAGUUCAACCCUGAGACUGACUUCCUCACAGCCCCCAACGGAGAAAAGUUUAAACUACUGCCGCCCACAGGAGAUGAGCUUCCUGCCCGUGAUUUUGACCCAGGUCAGGACACCUACCAGCACCCACCAGCUGAUGGGACUGGCCUGAGAGUAGAUGUCAACCCUCAGAGCAACCGUCUGCAGUUGCUUGAGCCUUUCGACAAAUGGAAUGGAAAAGACCUUGAGGACCUCCAAGUGCUCAUCAAGGUGAAAGGAAAGUGCACCACAGACCACAUCAGCGCUGCUGGACCUUGGCUGAAAUUCCGUGGCCACCUUGAUAAUAUUUCCAAUAACCUGCUCAUUGGUGCCGUUAAUAUUGAGAACGAUGCUGUCAAUAAAAUUCGCAACAUUUUGACUGGAGAGUUUGGUGGUGUCCCUGAUGUUGCCCGCUAUUACAAAAAGCACAAUAUUUCAUGGGUAGUUGUGGGAGAUGAGAACUAUGGUGAGGGUUCCAGCAGAGAGCACGCUGCUCUGGAGCCCAGACAUUUAGGAGGGAGGGCCAUUAUUGUGAAGAGCUUUGCUAGAAUCCACGAAACUAACUUAAAGAAACAGGGUCUGCUGCCCCUCACCUUCUCCAACCCAGCUGAUUACGACAAAAUCUGCCCAGAUGAUAAAAUCACCAUUGUAGGGCUUAAGAGCUUUGCCCCUGGAAAGCCCCUCAAGGCCAUCAUCAAGCACAGUGAUGGAAGCUCAGAAACCAUUGAGCUGAACCACACCUUUAAUGAAACCCAGAUCGAAUGGUUCCAGGCCGGCUCCGCCCUCAACAGAAUGAAGGAGCUGCAGAAAUUAGCGUGAUUGGCUGCAAAUAUACAUAUUUGGGAGGGGAAGGGGUUAUUCUUCAAACAGGAGGAUUGAUAUGUGUAUGAAAGGUUUAAAUACUCAUGUAAUUAUGAACUGAAGUAUACGCAGUACAUAAUAUACAAUUUAAAAUGGUGUUGCAUAUACAAGUCAUAUCAAUACUGAUCAAAGCUAUAUAAUACAUUGUAGGGCAUUUGACAACUGUAAUGCUUAUACAUUGAC